GCAUAUGGCAACUCACUCGCCAGAAAAAAACCACAAGUGUUCAUACUGUGAGAAAAUGUUCCACCGCAAGGAUCACUUAAAGAAUCACCUACACACGCACGACCCGUACAAGGAGGCGUUCACCUGUCAGGAGUGCGGCAAGAGCUACAACACCAAGCUGGGCUUCAAACGCCACCUCGCCCUCCACGCCGCCAACAGCGGAGACCUCACAUGCCAAGUGUGCCUGCAGCCGUUCCCCAGCACCGGGGUUCUUCUGGAACACCUCAAAACACACGCUGGCAAGUCGUCUGGCGGGACCAAAGAGAAGAAACAUCGCUGUGAGCAUUGUGAGCGGCGAUUUUACACCCGUAAAGACGUGCGACGCCACAUGGUGGUGCACACUGGACGCAAGGACUUCCUUUGUCAGUACUGCGCCCAGCGCUUUGGUAGGAAGGACCACCUGACACGUCACGUGAAAAAGAGCCACACCCGGGAGCUGCUCAGGGUAAAAACUGAGCCAGCAGAUUCGCUGGAGCCCGUUGUCUAUGACUUGGCGUCUGGGGGCAUCAAAGGCGAACUCCCAGGAAUGCUGGCGCAGAGGCCGCACCAGCUCAACAUGUACACAGGCCCCGUCCUGGACACAGAGCCCUUCCCCACCCCCACACACACUUUUUCUUUAAAAUACCCGCUGGGCUCCAACUUUACCUCAUACACCUUCUCCUCCCAGGAGCGGGAGCAGAAUCUAAAGGGAGAACUGGAGACCUAUCUGAUGGAGCUACAGAGCAGCAUGCCCUCCUCAUCCUCUGCAGCCCAAGAACCCCAACUCUCCUCCUCCAAACUUGUGCUGGAGACUCAAGUUGGCAUGCUGGAGGAAGCGAGCCAGGAGGUGUCCCUGUCCAAAAUGUCCACACCGAUGGCAGCAGCCACCACAGGUGACACUCUGGCGUCAUCCUCCUCUCUGAUGGACUUCUCACAACUUUUCAACUUCCUGCCACUCAACGGGCCUCCAUACAACCUGGCAGGGGGGAGCGGGGGACAGGGAGUUGUCUAUCCACCCAACGAAGAGCCCACACCUCUCGUUCAGCUGCCAACCCAACCCCCCGAAGGCCCAGAGGCUACAGAGAGUCCACUUCAAGGACUCCCCUCCUCCUUCAUAUCCAACCUGAGCACACCCACCACACUGCCCCGUUUCCACCAAGCUUUUCAAUGA